GCUUCUAAAUUGUACUCCUUUUGAAGACAUGAAAUCAAUAUUUGCUCUCAUCCUGCUCAUUUCACUUGCCCUGUACGCAAGCACCACAAAUGCAAGAAGAGACCCUGGAGAAUAUUGGAGAAUUGUGAUGAAAAAUGAGCCCAUGCCUGUAGCAAUCCAGCGCCUUAUGCCUCGGCAUACAGCUCCUUUCUCCAAAGAAAACACUAACCGUCACACAUCAUCUUCUGUGGACGACCUCAAGCUGCAAGAGGAACAAUCAUUCUCGAAACAUUUCAAGCCAAGACCAACUGUAACAGCUUACUAUGAUGAUGAUGCUGGUGAAAAGUUCGUUGCUAAAGAUUUUGAAUCAAGGCCAACUGUAACUGCUUAUUAUCAUGAUGACGAUGGUCUCAAACAAAAAAAAUCCUCUUUUGCUAAAGAUUUUGAACCAAAGCCAACUGUAACUGUUUACUAUCAUGAUGACGCAGGUCUCGAACAAGAAAUAUCGUCCUUUGCUAAAGAUUUUGAACCAAGGCCAACUGUAACUGCUUACUAUCAUGAUGGCGCUCGUCUUAAGAAAGAAAAAUUGUCUUUUGCUCAAGAUUUUGAACCAAGGCCAACUGCAAUUGCUUACUAUCAUGAGGACGCUGGUCUCAAACAAGAAAAAUCAUCCUUUGCUAAGGAUCUUGAACUAAGGCCAACUGCUUCUUAAUAUCAUGAUGACGCUGGUCUCAAACAAGAAAAAUCGUCCUUUGUAAAAAAUUUUGAACCAGGAAAAUUGCAGCUACUUACUUUGAUAAUGAAGCUAGUCUCAAAAAAGAAAAGUCGUUUGAACCAACCCCAAAUGAUAGUGUGUACCAUGAUUGAUAUUGCAGAGGCAUUGUGCGUGCGUCAUUUAAUUUUCUUGUAAACUCCGUCUCAGUGAAUGCCCUUUCAAUUUUAAGUGAUCUUUGUAAUAAGGAUUAAUAAACAGUCUAUACUAUAAUAUUUCUUGAAUUUAAUGUAAUGAUUGUUUCCAUUCGUACAAAUUGUCUUUAUUCUUAAAGUUAGUAUUGGAUCACUUCUACCUAAAGGUCUAUCCAGAGGAGUUAUUCCUCUUCACUUAUCUUUUUGUUGUACCCCAUUCCCCCACCUACAUAAGAGUGUACUAUAUGCGAAUAAAAAGUGAGAAUAGAAAAUAAAGCUUCCAUUAAAAGUUAUUACGUGCUCGUAAUGUGUGAUUUAAUAUGGUGUCAGAAGCCAUGACAGGAACCUUUUCCACCUCUCUCUUUUCUCAAUCUCAAACUACCACCAUUUCUCCUUACUCUCCAACAUCCCUAUAUCAUGGUCAUCAUUUAUAUCUAUCUCACUCACUUUCACCAAUAACCUAUUUUGGAAAACUCAAUUGUUGCUUUUUCUUCGUGGCUAAAAUCUCUUAGGCUAUGUUGAUGGGACUAAACAUGAUCCACACUCUCAGACUGUUGAGGAAGGAUUAACUGAUUCCCUCAGCCAAAGGGUCCAAUAGGACCAACUCAUAAUGAGUCUUCUCAAUUCUUCACUCGUUGAAGAGGCUCUGCUUAUCAUUAUUGGUUUGUCAACUUCCAAACAAAUUUGGGAUACCUUGAAAAAAAAAAUCAUCCCUUUCAAACACCCAAAUUAUCAAUCUUCACAUGAUCCUUCAAAACUUAAAGUAAGACGAACUCACCGCCGUAGGGAGAGCUUUAUGCUCUACCAACCCCAAUACCUAUAUUUAAAAGGUCUUCGCCUUGAAUUUAAAAAUCUAUUCACCACACUAUCUGCAAGACUCGAAUCCAUCACUUACUCCGAACUCAAUAGACUUCUCCUAAAUCAUGAAUUUCUCGAUGGUCACACGUUCUCCUCCUUGACCUCCAUCCUCCACACCAUCCAUUGUGUCACUUGCUUCUGCAAACCUUAGUCAACGAUCACUCUUUAAUAAUGAUUGUCCAAACAAAGCUCCAAUAGAGCUCGUGGAAGAAGUUCAAGAGGCAAAGCCGCAGAGGUGGUAGGAGUAGCUAUAAUUCCUCUUCAAAUACUUUCAACAAGAAAGUAUCUAUAAUUUCUUUACUUAGUAGGCGUUUGGCCAUGAAAACCAAUUAUUUUUUACUUUAUUUGUGUUUUGGGUUGGAGUUGGAGUUGAAGAUGAAGUUAUGUUUGAUUA